AUGGUAGACAGAAAGCCUCUCAUCGUCAUUGUUCCAGGCGGCUUCUGCAGCCCCGAAGUGUACCAACCUGUCGCCAACAUUCUAGAGCAAGACGAGUUCACCGUCGUCAUCCCGAGAUUAACCGUUGCUAAAACCCUCACUUCCAAAGACCCCUCGAGCCAGGAGUUCCAAGGCUUAGCCACCAAAGGUCUUCUUGAUGAUGUGAAAGAAAUCCACGACCGUCUGGCUUCAGAACUCGAAAAAGGGUCUGAGGUUGUGAUUUUCGGACAUAGCUAUGGAAGUCUCCCCGCUCUACUCGCCAUCGAAGGGCACACUGUUACAGAACGCAAGGCUAAGGGACUUUCUGGUGGUUUCAAAGGAUAUGUCGCUGUCGCUGGGUUUGCAUAUGCACAGAGGGGGAAGAACGCUAGAGGCGACACGGAGCCAGCGCCGCCGAUGCCGUAUUUCGAGCAUGAGGAUGGGGUCUUCCACAUGACAGAGGCCGCAAAGCCUCUCUUCUUCAGCGAUCUUUCCCCGGAGGAACAAGAUGAAGCUUGGAAGCUGGUCCUAGGAAGUCAAAGCCAGAAGAGUCUCAGCGACGUAUCGGAGUUCAUCAACUCUGACGUCACGAUUCCAAAGACAUAUGUUUUGUGCGAAAAGGAUCAGACUGUUCCUCCGGAGUUACAGGAGAUGCUUAUUCAGGCUGGAAGCUUUGAUAAGGUAGAGAAGCUGUCGUCAGGGCAUUUCCCUUUCGUUAGUAUUCCUGAGGAGACGGCUAAGCUGUUUGCGCAAAUUGCCCGACGAUAA